GCGCGAUUUAGUCGGCGCGGGCACAGAUCACUAGUGCGCCGUGUUCCUAUCAGAGUCAACGUAUUAAAACAUAGUUUAGGAUGAAAAUCAUAUUUAUUUUCCUGUUAUGUUUAGUGGCAUGUCGUGCUGAUGACAUUGCUCACGCGGCAGGACAAAUCUUCAACAGUAUCCUGCCGAACCUUAUUACUAACUCCGUAACAGGACAGCAAGGAAACACGGGAGCUAACACUUUACAGCAAAUCGGUACAGUAGUGGGUGGUGUUGUCGAUUACGCAAAGAAGAAGAGCUACGAGGAUUUGUUGAAGCAAGUGCAGGACUCCACUACCGACGAUGACCUGCUACGGCUCAGUGAGGAGAUGUUCAAUGGGGAUGUCAACAACGCAUUCAACUACAUUGAAGUGAAUCUGCAAGGCAAAACUAGUGCUAUGACCAAGAACGAUCAGGCACAGAAUAAUCUCUUGAAUGUUCCCGACGCCGUAUGGAAUGGUCCAACAAUCAAACCUUUUGUGGCACUUUUUGACAAUUACCACAAAAACGUGAUCAGGCCCGAAUUCGUUACACCUAAUGAAGAAUCAGAGCAGACUACCUUCAUAAAUACCAUAUUGGCGACCGGCCCUAUUAGAAGUCUAAUGGCCUUCUUAGUCAAUAAAGGUCUGACGCAGUUGAACGAAUACAACGAGCAAGUGGAACUGCUGAGGAAAAUCUGGUUCACCAAGUAUGCCCGUCACUGGACCGGAAUAUGUAAAUGCAGCUGUGCGUUUGAGAACAUAUUUAUGGCUGAACUGAAGUCGGAUCAGGUUUUGGGUCUACACAGCUGGCUGUUCUUCGCAAAACGUGAGUUGGAUCACAAAGCCAACUAUCUCGGAUAUAUAGACAAGCUUGAUCUCUCUGGCAAAGGGCUGAUAUUAAAGCAACACUCGAUCUUAAGUGAAACAAAGGACGCCCCCGAGGUGACCAUGUUCGUGGGUAUGUCACCGGAGCUCGAGACGGCGUUGUACACUUUAUGUUUCAUGGCGCGGCCCGACCGCCCGUGUAAGCUACGCUACAAUAACGUCAACUUCGUCAUACAAACCAAGACUAUAAGGUCGGAUAACCUGCCACUGAUCGAUACAGGAUACCCGAUGUUCUAAUAAUUACGUAAUUUAUAUUUAAUUAUUAUUAAUAUUAUCGAUCCAUUGACUAUGGACCCGUUUAUAAGAAAACUGCAUUCGGAUAUUAAUUAAAUAUAGGCAAAGACAAAAGAAUAAAAGUUUGAUUUUUACAGCUCAUGUAACACAGAUCUUUACUCCUACAGUUCUGCGUUAUACUAAAUAACACAUUUACUAAUACAUAUAAUUUAUUUUAACAACAAUUAUAGAUGUUCUAGAUAGACUUUACUGAUUACUUUAGCAAUCUAUCUAUUUUUAUUACGUCCGAGUUGAAGUUUUGCAAAAGCGCGGUAUCAAUACAGCUAGGGAUAUUGAAACUCCCGUUCUACGCUUGAUUUUGUAAGCACUUUUUUUUUUAAAAACAUUUUCAAUGUCAUCGGAUCGAAGUAAAUUUUAUUGUGUUAAUAAAUUAAAUGUGUAUUUUUGGUGUUUUCAUUACAGGUAUGAAUUUGUAAAUAUUUAUUACAAUAAAUAUAUUAAAGAUC